AUGCAGAAUUUUGGUCUCAAAACGUCACUUUUCGCUUUCGCCGCCACCCCCGCACGUUCUUGGCAUUCAGCGUUACACACAAACCCGCAGAGUGCACACGACACGAUGAUGCAAUCUUUCGCCGUCUGUUUUCGACCAAUGUGUGAACAGAGAGCGCACUCCAAUCGCUUCGCGUCCUCGUCUUCGUUUUCAUCACCACCACCACCCACUUUGAAAACGACGACGACGAUUCAGACGACGAGAAACGGGAGGAGGAAAAAACAAACGCGAGAGAGAACACUUUUGAUGAACAGCUUGGGAACAUCUUCAGAAGAUAUCAAAGAAACCAUGGCUGAAGAAAUCUCUCAAAAGAUUAACGAGGAAAUCGCAGACGCGAGGGGUGCGUUAAUCCAAGUCGGCGCCGUCGUCGCCGCGCACGGUUUGAAAGGCGAAGUCAGAGUUUUACCUCUGACGGACUUUAUCGAGGAACGUUUUAUGAACCCGGGGGUGGAGUUGUACGUGGAAAAUGUUGCGCAAGGAAGAUCGUCGAAAAACGACGGAUACGAUCGACCCAUAGCGGAGGGGAAGUUCAUGCGCAUCGCCAACGGACGAUGGGUGACGAGUAAAGGAAGAACAGAACCGAUUGUAAAGUUUAAAGGAUGCUCGGACCGCACAACGGCGGAGGCGAUGAUUGGAAGACGCAUAUACAUCGGGGCAGAAAGUCGAGCGGAAAUCGAGGAAGAGGAUGCGUUCUACUGCCAAGACUUGGAGGGUUUAACGGUGAUUAUGCACGAAGGCGAGAGGGAAGUUGUAGGUGUGGUUGAAGACAUAUAUCGCGGCGCCGGCGAGAAGGAUUUGAUGAAGGUGCUCAUGCAACCAGAGAUGGAAACGAAGACGAAUAAAAACGGAGAAGUCGAAAUCGACGUCGUGGAGUAUUACGUGUAUAUACCGUUCGUGAAAGAUAUCGUGCCUGUUGUAGAUGUCGACCAAGGGCUGAUUGAAAUCACCCCUCCUCCUGGCUUGCUUGAUUUGAAACAAAAAGUAGGGAAGAAGAAGAAUAAAAUAUAA